ACCACACUCACCAGACAUCGCGGGUUUUAUCACCUCUGUCUUUGCUUUUCAGGGAUUUUCUGUGGCGGCGUGGCGCCCGGUCCGGUGCUGCUCAACAACUCCCAGAAUGCAACGCUGCUCUUCUCCUCUGACAUUAGCGGAUCAGGAAGUGGUUUUGUAAUGAGGCACCGUGCUGUCAGGGGACACUCUGAUCCUGGAUGCGGUACAGUGGUUCUGGUGGAGGAUCCGGCUGCUGUUCACAGCCCAAAUUACCCACAAUCCUACGGCGACGACUGCGUCCUCCGCUGGGUGGUGUACGCGCCGCACGGCCACGUCGUCAAGCUGGACUUUGCUGACUUUGACCUGGAGGAGUCCGACAGAUGUUUGUACGACUCCCUGACUGUGUUUGGAGACGUUGCAGGAACAGAGGAGAUAGCGGUUCUGUGCGGCCGCGGCCCGCCUCCUCCCGUCCUGUCCUACCACAGCGUCAUGGUUCUGCAGUUCACCUCCGACAGCAGCGUCGCUCAUGGCGGCUUCAGCGCCUCGCUAACGUUCAUCAGUGAUGCAGAUCUGCACGAUCGGGACGGACCAGAUGUGGAGCAGCAUCCAGAUGUUUUCACCGCUAACCGGCGACACACAGCGCCUCACGUCGUGCAGCCGUCCAGCAGCAGGUCUUUGCAGGCCGCCGUGGAUCCUGGACGACAUGUGGUCGGAGGUUCUGGCGACGGAGAUGAAGAUGAUGAUGAUGAUGAUGAUGAUGAUGGUGAAUCUUCAGGGACGACGCAGUGAGCUGCUGCUGCUGCUGCGAACAGGAAGAAGAGUUUGGAUUCAAACUGUUUAAACCCGACGAGGCAGAAACCGGACGACGUAUCUGUCAUUUAUAGAGAUUUCACUGCUCGUUAGCUGUCAAUCAAACGUCCCACUGCUUAAUUAGGUUCAUUAUUACAAGAUAAGGUGUUGUUUUGAUGAGCUGUGUUGAAUAAAUCAAACAUAAUUUCACUAAAAUGCAAAAGAUGUUGAUGUUGUGUUCAUAUUUUUAUUGUCGAUUACAGAUAAAGUUCAUGUGAUCUUUGCUUGUGCAGAUAAAACGUUUUUAUCAUGUUUUAUAGCGGCUCAGUGACUAAACUUGGCACCAACGUCCUGUUGGGAGUUAUCAGUCGACUCAAGGACGCUUUGAUAUCAUCUGGAACUCUUCUUAGUGUUUAAACUGAAACAAUGAUAAUAAAACGUGGAUUUCAUGGAGCUGA